AUGCCUGUUUCCUCAGACCAGAUGGCUCUGCUGGGGUCGGUCUUCAUUUUUGUGCUCCAGUUUGGGGUACGCAGCAGUCAGAAAGACUUUUAUCACUUCUCCCUACCUGAACAAGACGUCACCCUGCCCUGUGUCUCUCCAAAACCGACAGACUCUGAUCCAAUGAGCAUCAAUGAACUCCAGUUAGAGUGUUCUCUGUUCAGAUUCAGAGAUCUUCAUCUUUGUCCACCAUACCGUCUCCUCUGGGUGAAUGAGACAGGAGCUGAGAUUACUGACGGUGUUACAGAGACUUUUAGAGAUGAAGGCUGUUUCUCUGACCUGACUGUGACUCGUCAGAGCGGACACAACAAGACAUUCACCUGCCAGGUUGUUGAUGAGGAGAACAAUGUGAAGAUACAGGCCGACUACACACCUGUCUUCACAGACUGGUCUCCUCUGAGCUCCAUCAUGCUCGUUCUGCGUAUUUCAGCUCUUGUUUUGAUGAUCGUGAGCACUGUUUUGGUCUUCACCCGCAGAGUGGUCAACAGUCAAGAGAAGAUUUAUCACAUCUUCCAACCUGAACAAGACGCCACCCUGCCCUGUGGCUCUCCGUCAUCCUCUGGACCUCUGCAGUGCUCUGAUAUUUCAUGGCUUUAUAACAGAGAUCCAUCAGAGACCGUUAUGGAGGCAAGCAGUGGGGAGGUGAAGCAGACGUCGUCCCGAGCUGACCGGCUGAGUUUGGACUCCAACUGUUCUUUGGUCAUUAAACGUGUCACUGCUGAGGAUGUUGGUCUCUACACGUGUCGACGGGGUGAUUCUGAUCCUUACGAUAUAAAUGUGUAUCUCAGUGUUUUUACAGUCUUUCCGACACUGACUCGCUCUGAUCCAUGGAGCCCCACUGAAGUCAGAUUAGAGUGUUCUCUGCUGAGAUACAGAAGUUUGAGUUCCUGUCAACCAAACAGUCUCCGCUGGGUGAAUGAGACAGGAGCUGUGAUUACUGACGGUGUUACAGAGAGUUCCAGAGACGCAGACUGUUUCUCUGACCUGAAUGUGACGCAUCAGAUCAGCAACAACGGGAAAUUCAGCUGCAAGGCUGUUAACGAGGAGAACAACGUGGAGAUACAGGCCGACUACACACCUUUCCAAACAGGUAAGAUCACAUGAUAAAUCUAAUUAGAAAAAGCCGAACGUUCCACUUUGACCCAAACAUGGCUGUCACACUAUUAAAAAAUUCACCCAUUUGGACCCCUCACUUUGGGUCACAACUGUCUGUGCUAUUUUCAGUCAAAUCUAAUCCUGAAUAGAACGAUUAAACUAAUGAAACUCCCCACCACACGUUUACUUCUACCCUGUAAUCCUUCUGCUUUCUCACUGAGAGAACGUCUGCUUUAG